GUUUUCAGUUGCCUGUAAGUGUUUGUUGUGAGCAUAUCUGUGUAUCUCCGAAAAGUAAGACUUUGUGACUCUAUGACUGUUACAGAGACCUUUAAUUGGUCCUGAAUUGAGUGUGUUUAUUGAACAGGCGUCAAUGCCAAGCGAUUUUAGUUAAAGGAACGAAGAUUCAAAUUGGGAUAUCGUACAUAACUUCCAUGGGUAUCUUGUGCUAAGUCGAGGUGGAUGGUUGGGCAGAACAAAUUGAAUACACCUGGUCUGUUGUACCUGUUCCUCCCUCGAUUGGCGGGAGAUGACGUCACCUACAUCGACGAUGGCGGCGCCACCGCGAAAGUUUGAAUCUUUUGUCUGCCGUGUAGGGAACCUACAGCUGUAUAAUUGACAGUCACUGAUGAUGGCUAAGAUACGUAAAACUCGGCAGAGACGGAGAGAAGCAGUGUGAACUAAGGCAGAGGAGGAAGAUGAGGAGGAGGGUUAUCGCCAAUACUUGGCAGAACUUGUUGGGGCAACCGGAGCAGAAGUAGAAGUGACCCUGGGAAGCGCUUGCAGAAGAUUGAGAUUAAGAAUCUCUUCGAGCAGGGAGGAGGGAGGCCUACUUGCAGGAUGCGUCUGUUCCGCCGUAGGCAUAGUGACCCACGAGCUGUGUCCCUUUUACCCGAAGAUUCAUAUGGGACGCCUUCACCCUCGCAUUCUAAGGGCGUUGAGAAGAAAAGCUCCGUUUCGAAGGCUUCUCAGAAAGAGCUUCCUCCAGGGGAGGAGGAUAAGAAGACGCUCGUCAAAAGCAAGGGCGGGAAAGAUGGCAAUCCUCCUUGUUACCAGACCGUCACCGCCGUUCCUGCCAGAGUGUUGGAAUCUGCUCUAGCAGCCGCCUCUUCUGGAACCACCCCUAAGACACCAAAGAAAGGACUGACGACAUGGGGUCGUCGUGUCGGCAAGAAGCUCGAGCAACUGACACGGUCUCCCAGCAGAGAGAAGGUCAACUCUUCCAGCAUCUUCUCCAGAACUUGUUCUACCAGAUCAACUGGUGUAGAAGAUACCCCUUCAACACCAGUGACCGAGUCUUGGAGGGGCAACUCUGUUCCAGGAACGCCUUCUCCCAAGGAUCGUAACAUUAGUGCUCGGCAACUGUAUCGUUCCUGCUCUGCUUCCCAACUGGGUACUUACUUGGCAGCUGAUGACCCUACUGAUGGGCUUGACCUUAGUCGCACAACUCCGGUCCCUGAUGAAACAAAGACGACUAACCCCUCCACAACCUACUUCCCAACCAAAACUGUCAGUUGUGAAAAUAUCUCCACGUUAGGGACUACUAGAGCCUUAUUCCCUCAUGCAUUUUUACGGUCACGGCCUCCAUCAGCUCCUCAGCAUAUUGGUUCAACAAAUCCACAGCCAGAAAUAUCUUCCACUCCAGGUACCCCAGUCAUGGACCCUCAGGCACAUCCUCCUAACAAGCGAGUGACAACUUUAAGGAAUUCCGUGUGUGACGAUGAUACCCGGGAAUUGAUUCGACAGAAACUAAGAGCUGUCUCGGAGGAGAAUUGUGCUAUCAGUCCAGGUCACAGGAACGUGAAUGGGCUUAAUAGCUAUCCUCACACAAGCCCAGCCGCAUUACAGCCCCGAUCUCGCUCAUUUUCGGCCACCACCAUUACUGAAUCAGAUUUUGUAAAUAAUCCUUGUGUGCUAACAGAAACCAGACGCAGUUGCUCAAGGCAUUCUGGACGAUUUCGAAAUUACAGCGAACGGAAAUCAGCAGCAGUGUAUCUCAGUAGCAAUGAAAGUGGAUAUGAAAGUGAUGGAGCAAGGCAGGAAUCCCCCAAGGCAAGGGUGAAAAAGACUGAGAGUGAUGCUGAUUCUGGCGUCAGCACUGAGAGUCAUUCAGAAACAAACUCAGAAUCAGGGUCUCUUACAGGUGCUGAACACCAAGGAAUACCAGACCAGUGCUCUAAACUUGAUAGUGGCUAUGCAAGAUUUGAAACUUAUGUGAGCCUGAGUGAUGUUUUGCGUAAAGAUUUGCUAAAUAAAUCUGUUGAUUUUGGAGUAUGCAAUUAUAUGCCAAAAUAUCUAGAUGACUAUGGAGGCUACAGCAGCAUCUCUCGUUAUUCUAGUGUAGAGAGACAUCCUAGUAGUCCUUCAAGUCCUGCUGUGUACAAUCUCACUGAUGAAGAGAAGCUUGAGCCUGGAAGAUCCCGGAAUACGCGUCGUCUUUCUGAUCCUCAAGAACUGGUUAAUAGACGACAGAGAUUUAUGUCUUCACAGUUUGAACGCCGGAUGUCUCCUUUAAGCCCAUUAAGAGGUGCUCUUAGUGUAUUUAGGGAAGCUGUAGAUGACAGUGGACGCAGUCCUUGGUGGGAAAACGGCACUCCUCUUCGGGGCCACCUUAAAAUGGAAGAAUUAUCGAGACCAUUCCCUGACUCUUAUACAAUGGCUCCUUUGUCACUUCCUGCCUCCCUAACCCGAUCUCCUACACCUAGGACUUUUCGGUUGAUGCGACUGGUAAAGGAUCACACAGGUGAACUCGGCAUCUAUAUCACUGCUCGAAGGAACUCCAGAGGAGCCACCACGGGUUAUGUCAUUGCCCACAUUGAAAAGGGGGGUCUUACAGAGAGGGACGGGCGGUUUCGAGUGGGAGACGAAAUCAUCAAUGUGAAUGGGAGACGGCUGAGAGGAGUGACCCUAGACGAGGCUCGCCACAUCCUGCGGAGCACCCCGAAGGAAGUCGACAUCGUCAUCGCCCGAGAUGUGGACAUUCACCACCACAAGGAAUAUAACAGCGCCUACCACCCGCCCCAAAUAGACAAGACCACCGAAGCCGAAGCUGCCCACAGGCUCAGCGAAGCAUGCGGCGAACUCCUUAGCACCGACAGGACUUUCAGGAGUGAGCUUUUCAGUUCUGCGGGCAUGCUCGGGGACGGGGUCAAGGGUGACCCCGUAACGCGGUAUUCGGAGCGCGGCGGUCAUCCUCGCCAAAGGGGAUCUUACUCUGAUUAUGACGAGUAUGGGGAUUAUUCCUGCAUACUGCCUCCUCUCCAGUCAUAUCUCCCGGGAUACGACCCUUCAGGGGCAAAGGUGUCUGUGUCGGGAUCCGUGUCCGUGACAGUCCCUGCAAUCAAUCAAUCGCUAGCCCCCGCAGGAACAGAUCCCUUUGCUAUAUUUCCGCCGCCAACUGCUGCUGCUGCUGCUGCUGCUGCUGCUGCUGCUGCAGAGUACAGGGAUGGCAGCCUUUACAGUGAGUAUUUGUGCAACAAGACAAACAAUGUUCCGCGGUACGUGAACGGCGAGGCUAAAUACUCUUCCUCGCUCGAUGUGAGAUUCUCAUCGACGAGUGACGUUCGGUUGUGUAGUGAUCAAGUCUGCUACAGUGAUAGUAUUCAUAAACCCAAGUCGAUCCGUGUUGAGCCUGAAGGCCUGCAGGACAAGGGCUUCUGGAAGCACUCCGUGUUACCUCGUCUCCUGUCGACACCUCAGAAGCAGGUGUUGAUCGAGACGAUGUCGAGUCCGUCAUCUCCAUGUAAGAAGUCUCCUUAUCAUCAAGGAAAAUACCCCGAAGUGACUCAGAGAUUCUCGUGUCCUCCGGGAACGAUAAAGCUGCCAACUCCUUCCAAGUCGGAACCCAGAGGUCUCAGUUCGACUCUGCCUCGACGGCCCAAGAGUUUAUCCAUGUCUGUACAGACGGUCACAUUCGAAAAAGGCCGGGGGAGGAAAUCCUUAGGGUUCUCCAUCGUUGGGGGUCGUGACUCUCCAAAGGGCAGUAUGGGCAUAUUCGUCAAGACAAUAUUUCCAAAUGGCCAGGCUGCAGAAGAGAAUAAGCUUCAAAAUGGCGAUGAAAUCCUGGCGGUGAACGGCGAGAGUUUGUCGGGCUUGAGUCAUGCCGAGGCGAUUGCGGUUUUCAAGUCCAUCAGAGCUGGCAAGGUCAUCAUGCAAGUUGGACGCCGGACUACUUCAGCCAACAGAGCUUCCAAGUCCAAAUCUUGCGACGACUUGGACAAAAUGGAAAAAAUGAGUUGAAGAAACGUCGAGUGGAUACCUGUGGACCGACUGUUGUGUAGGACCAGCUUGUCGAAGCGAGUUUUGAAGGUCACUCGCGAGCAAUUGCGGGAAAUGCAGUAAUGAUAGUUAGUUAUACCAAAGUAAUUUAGAAAAUACUCGUGGAAUGUUGAGAUCGAAGCUGUUGGAAAGAAUCCUCUUUGUAACGGAGCAGACUGUGUAAACGAGUGUGAAUGAAAGUCCAGAAUCAAAUCCCCGUCAAUGUUUCAGUUGUAGAUGGACAUUUUUUUUUUAUUGCAGUAUGAUUUUUAGUGCCAAUACAAAUUCACUAAAGUUGUACUAUCGAGGAAAAGGAAAAGCUAAGUUGUCAGAAAGGAUCCUGUGCUUCGAUAUAUGAUGUUAAUAUUAAAUUUAAAAAUUAGCACCGCUGAGAGAAAAUGCACAUUUUAACUGAUCAAGUUUAAGAAAUUAAAAUCAAUUUAUUGGAUGUCUGAUAUCUACAGAAUGGGUUGAGAAACGGUAGCAGGAGAUUAAACUUAAUGCGACCGACCUUCCAAAAGCCGUGGCACACUUACCAGAAUGUUCCAACUUUUAACAUAGAACGUGCGCGCGCGCACUGUCUUUCAAACAUACAAUGUUGAAUUCAAUUGGCCAUUGGCAUUUUAUGAUUUUGCUUUCCAUGAUUUCAGAUUUGAGCUGAGAAUGGUAAUCUGUAAUAUAUUCUCAUAGAUCAUGUCGCAGUCCAGAGUGCCUCUUCUUCCACAGCAGAGUAAACAAGUUUCUAGUCUGUGUAGUUUCAAAGUCUGUGUUAAAAUAACCGUUAGAAUAAAAGUGGUUUACAGUUUAAUAAACAGUGUGAGGGACUCAACCUGAUAGGCAUUUCUCAUUUAGAUAGCUGAAGUAGUGUUAAAAUGGUCAAAAAGUUGGUUGAAACCUAGCGGAAUCUUCCAAAGACCAGGAUUUGAAUGGCAUCACUUCUAGUAAUUACAGUAUCUGAAAUGUGAAGAAACGAUGUCAAAUGUAUAUGAAUGUUACAUGACUAUUUGCUACGCAAAAAAUACUAUAGAUGUGUAGCAACAGUGAUGAAGGGUAACUGAACCUUGUGACCAAAAAGUAAAAACAAAGAUUCUGAAGGAGCCGCGCUUUUGGAUGACUGCCACUGGAAUUACUGUUGUAGACUUCGUCAGUGAAGGUGGCCGACAGAAAUUUCAAAAUGUGGAAAACAAAUAAGUGCCGAUAGUUGGUUGCAUAAGCAAUGCACUAGAUAUAUAUAUAUAUAUAUAUAUAUAUAUAUAUAUAUAUAUAUAUAUAUAUAUAUAUAUAUAUAUAUA